GUGGGCUGGGCCUGUCAAACACCAUGUAUGCACGUCUGGGAGAAAUCAGCUCCCUGGAUGGCUCCAUUGCAGUGACCCUGGCAGCUCACCAGGCCGUUGGGCUGAAGGGGAUCCUCAUUGCUGGCACCGAGGAGCAGAAGGCCAAGUACCUGCCCCGCCUGGCCUCGGGGGAGCACAUUGCUGCCUUCUGCCUCACCGAGCCCGGCAGUGGGAGUGAUGCUGCAUCCAUCCAGACAAGGGCAACCCUGAGUGAAGAUGGGAAACACUUCCUGUUAAAUGGCUCCAAGGUCUGGAUCUCCAAUGGUGGCCUGGCCAGUAUUUUCACAGUGUUUGCCAGGACAGAGAUUGUGGACAAGGACGGGCAGGUGAAGGAUAAAAUCACUGCUUUCAUCGUGGAGCGGGACUUCGGGGGCGUCACCCACGGGAAACCCGAGGAUAAACUGGGCAUUCGAGGCUCCAACACCUGUGAAGUACAUUUUGAAAACACCAAAGUGCCUAUAGAGAAUGUAAUUGGAGAAGUUGGAGGGGGAUUUAAGGUUGCCAUGAAUAUCCUCAACAGUGGAAGAUUUAGCAUGGGCAGUGCAUCUACUGGAAUGAUUAAGAAGUUGAUAGAACUGACAUCAGAGUAUGCUUGCACCAGGAAACAAUUCAAUAAGAAACUCAGCCAGUUUGGAUUAAUUCAGGAGAAGUUUUGUUUGAUGGCUGUGAAAGCCUACGUGAUGGAGAGCAUGGCUUACCUGACUGCAGGGAUGAUGGACAGGCCAGGCUUCCCUGACUGCUCCGUCGAGGCUGCCAUGGUCAAGGUGUUCAGCUCUGAAGGUGCCUGGGCAUGUGUGAGUGAGGCUCUGCAGAUCCUUGGAGGCCUUGGCUACAUGAAGGAUUAUCCUUAUGAACGCUACCUCAGAGACACCAGGAUCCUGCUCAUCUUUGAGGGCACCAAUGAAAUCCUGAGAAUGUACAUUGCACUGACAGGGAUGCAGCAUGCAGGGAAGAUCUUAACUGACAAAAUUAAAGCAAUCAAGAAAGGAAACGUGGGAGUGGUGCUGGGGGAGUUCCUGACCAGGUUACAGGACACCCUGGGCAGGAAGGUGGAUCUGGGGCUUGUAGGUGACAGUGGGGUGGUGCAUCCCAGCCUCCAGGAGAAUGCCAAGAAACUUGAAGAAAACGUUUAUUAUUUUGGAACUACAGUCAGGGGCCUGCUAAGUAGGUUUGGCAAGACAAUAGUGGAUGAGCAGCUGGUGCUGAAGAGAGUGGCAGAUGUGGUGAUUAAUUUGUAUGCAAUGACUGCAGCCAUCUCCCGGGCCAGCCGCUCCAUCAGCAUCGGGCUCAGGAACCAUGACCACGAGGUGAGUGUCCCUCAGCACCAACCAUUCCCACUCAGGCUGUGCUCCUGGCAGCAGGCAGGCUGCAUCUCUGGGGAAUUACAGCAAACUCUCCCAUAAAAGUGCAGCAGAACGUGGCUAAACCUGCCAGAGUGCAGGAGCCUCUCAGGGGCUCUGCUUGUUGAGCUGCACACUUUCAACAUGUUUAAAAUACUUCUUUAACACAUACACAGACAUUUAGAACCUCACCACAACUCUGCACGUUCUCUCAAAUCUGUUAACACCAUGCAGUUCUUCCCAAGCUCUUUCCAUAUAAUCAUUAAUAAAAACACAUAAGCACAACAGUAUUUGGGCAGCACAGCUCAGGUCAGGACAGGACAGUGCUUAUUUAGUAGCUCAUGUAAAGUUUCAUGGUAACAGUGGUGUUGCAGCACAAGAAAAAUUUGCUCCAGAUCAGUGUGAAAACAAAUCCAACGUGA